AUUACUUUUUGAAUAUAUGAUAAAUCUACGUCAAAGCAGUUUCAUUUUAAUAUUUAAUGUAAAUGUUAUUGGCUAAUACAUUUGCACAUUAGAAUAAGUUAAAAAAGCUUUAAUAUAUUAUCCGUUUGUUCAUUCACUUCACUUAACCUCACUUUUGAUGCAUACAGGGAAUAUAACCUACAAUCACAAGUUUAUUCACUGACAAGAUAAACACUAACAGUGAAGAUACUUUUCUUCUGUUGUUCUAAUAGCUUUGUAGUUUGUACACUAUCCAUAGCUGUCGCUAAAAUCGCACUACAGUUUAUAAACAUAACCUUAUAAAGUUGAUAUAAGACCAUUAUACAAACUUUGGCGCCAAAUAAAAACAUCUAUUUUUUAUCAAUGAUUCGUAUGAAAUGUUACGUUGAAGUGUUCAUUAAUAUUAAUAAAUUUACAAGAAUUGUGAAUUCUAAAUAUAUUUAAUCAUAGUUAAGUGAAAAUGAAGAUAAAUUGUCGGGUUCAAGUUAGUGACCGUACCCUCAAUGUGUUGCAUCCAUUAUUAAAAAGAACACCAGAACAUGGAUGUUUGGUUAUUGGAAGACAAUCAAUAAAAAAUAAUGAAUUAUAUAUUUUAUUACAAACGCUGAAGAACCAAUGUCGAGCUAAAUAUAAGGUGAAUGAUAACAUUGAGAUGAUAUUUGACAAAUUUAUUGGACAUGGAAAGGCAACAAUUAGAAUAAAAGAACCUCCUCAUGAUUUACUCAUACAAAGCGAUCCAAUAUCAUUAAAAGGUUUUAUUCGUGUUGUAAAGCUUGUAUUGUCAAAAAAAGUAAAUUUAUCUACCAUCGCGAUAUCUAAUUUAAAUACAAAAAAGAUUCCUAAUGCACAGAGAAAAAAGUUAGUUAUCAAAAACAAUGUUGAAUAUCCUACUUUAAAGGGUUUUCCAAGAUAUACAGAAGAAUUAAUCAUUGAUGGAUUAAAUAGAAAAUCAUUUGAUCUUCAAAUUUUAAGGCUUAAUAAUUUAAAAGUUUUGAAUUUAUCAAAUAAUCAAAUUAGAUCUUUACCUAAAGAUUUAGGUUCUAUGCAACAUUUACAAGAGCUUAUUUUGUCUGGAAAUCGACUUGGAAAAGAUGCUAAUACUAAAUGGGAUUGGUUGGACCAAGAUAACAUUAAAAAGAAUUUAUGCUUAUUAGAUUUGAGUUCCAACUGUUUAACCGAAAUACCGAAUAAGAUAGGAAAACUCAAUGGUCUUGUUAAUUUAAAACUUGGUGUAAAUUUGCUAACGGUUUUACCACGAAGUAUGAGAAGAUUAACUUCGUUAAGAUAUUUGGACUUAUCACAUAACUGUUUACAGUAUUUACCAGAAGGAAUAAGGAAAUUACAAAUAAUUGACUUAAACAUACGUGAAAAUCCAUUUGAAGUAGUUCUCCAAUCUCAUUGUCACUAUAGUAUAUUAGUGCCAUCCCUUGUUGAUUGUGCAGCAGAGAUUAUUUUGAAUACAAGUAUGAGCUAUGAUGCAAGUAUAAUACCUCGUACAUUAGUAACAUAUUUAGAUUCUGCAACAUAUUGUAUAUGUGGUAAAGUUUGCUUUCAAAACUGUAUAAGAAAAAUACUUUAUUUUAAAUUAAGGUUUCCUGUAGUAAGGUAUUCAUUUGGAGAUAUUAUACCAUUUGAAUGUUACUUAUGUUCUUCACGUUGUUACAACCUUUAUGGUAACAUUGUUUAAUACUAAAUAAUGAAGACAAAUUUAUUAUUUAAACGUACUUUUAAAUUAUAUAUCAUUUUAUUUAUUUGCU